UUGGACGACGUGCAGAUUGAGCAGCUGCAGCGUGAAUCUUCUCGCAUCUUGGUGGCUUUUUUUUUUUUUUUUUAUGACAGACCCCUUACGUCGUAACCAAAAUAAUGAAGCAUUAGCGUAGGAAACGAGUUUGCCCAAGUUUGAGAAUGGCAGAAAGAAAGAGAAGACCGUCUGCUCCAAUCAAACCACUCAGCAAAAAAGAACAAGAAGAGCUGAAGAAAAAGGAAGUAGAGAAAGCAGCUGAGGUCUUUGAAGAAUUUGUGGCAUCAUUUGGAACCAGUGACCAAAGCAAAGCAAAGACUUUUGUGCGAGGGGGAAUAGUGAAUGCAACUAAAGAGGAGAAAGAAGCAGAAGACAAGAAAAGUAAGCUGUACCGACCCACCUCAAAGUUUGUCCCUGUGUCUCAAAAUGUUCCACCAACAUCGUCUGCUGAAAGCAAGAAGUCUGUAUUUAAGAAAAAGACAGAAGAAAAGAAGAAGAGCAAUCUUGAACUUUUCAAAGAGGAGCUUAAGAUAAUACAAGAAGAGCGUGAGGAAAGAUAUAAAAGGAAGAAAAGUGAUCCAGGUGGAGGAAGAGAUGGAGGACAUGAUUAUCUUGACAUUCCUCUGCUGGAACAAUCAACACUGUAUGACGACUCAAAGUGGAAAGUUUCUACUAACCUUUCCAUUAAGUGCCUUAGUCCCAAGAUGAACGAAGAGUUGCUCUGCAGAGAGUUUUGCAAAUACGGCCCCCUGGCCAGUGUGAAGAUCAUGUGGCCCCGAACCGAGGAGGAGCGCUGUAGACCUUCCAACAGAGCCUUUGUGGCCUUUAUGACGCGAAAAGAUGCGGAGCGAGCCAUGGCUGCUCUUGAAGGUAAAGUGAUUAUGGGCCUUGAAAUGAGACUAGGAUGGGGCAAACCGGCUCGCAUUCCAUCUCAGCCUCUGUACACGCCAGUUAGGCUGAAAGCAGCCCCUCCRCCCUCAUCUGGCCUGCCUUUCAAUGCUCAGCCAAGGGAUCGCUUGCGCAAUACUUUCACAAAGUCCACGGCCAUGUCUAAAGCAGAGCUCGCCAAGACUCUGAACGAUGCCGUAGUCAAAGUGGUUAUCCCAACCGAAAGGAAUCUGUUAGUCCUUAUUCACAGGAUGGUAGAGUUUGUGGUGCGUGAAGGUCCCAUGUUUGAAGCCAUAAUAAUGAACAGAGAGAUCAACAAUCCAGAUUUCAAGUUCCUUUUUGACUGUAAAAGACAAGAUCAUGUGUACUAUCGCUGGAAAUUGUUUUCUAUCCUUCAGGGAGAGACCCCCACUAAAUGGAGGACGACGUAUUUUCGAAUGUUUAAAGGGGGCUCCCUGUGGAUACCACCCAUUCUAAACCAAUAUGUUGGCCGGUCAGAGGUAGAGGAACAGGCUGUCUAUGAAGAGGAGGAGGUGAAGAAGGGGCAGCUCAGAUCUGAUCACAGAAAGAAACUGGAGACACUUCUUGAAGAUCUGACUCCAAGCAAAGACAGUAUUGCCGGUGCCAUGAUGUUCUGUCUCGACCGGGCAGAUGCUGCAAAAGAAGUGGUGGCCCACGUCGUUGACUCUUUUUCUUCACUUCAAACGCCACUUCAGAAGAAGAUUUCUAGAUUGUACCUCGUGUCCGAUAUCUUGUACAAUUCAAGUGCCAAAGCAGCUGGUGCAUCAUAUUACCGUAAAUUUUUUGAAGUAAAGUUGCCACAAAUAUUUGAGCAUCUUAAUGCAACUCACAAAAAUAUACAAGCCAGGCUGCAGGCAGAACAGUUUAAGCAAAAGGUCAUGAAUUGUUUUCGUGCAUGGGAAGACUGGGCCAUAUAUCCAGACUUUUAUCUAAUCCGACUUCAAAACAUCUUCCUGGGCUUCGCCAAAGCUGACAAGGCGACCAAGACGACAGAGGAAGCAUCCUGUGAGCUCGAUGGUGCACCGAUAGAUGGGUUACCUUUAGACUCAUCUCCUGUGGAUGACAUCGAUGGCUGCCCCAUGGGUUGGGACCCCCUGGAUGGCGCUCCUGUUGAUGACAUAGAUGGGGUACCCUUGGAAGAGAGCAGUCUUCCUCCCUCUGUAGUGCCUUUGUCUAAAUGGGAGAAAACCAGUGACGCUGGGACUUUUUCUCAAGCCAAAACUGAGUCUAAGUGGGACACGGUGGGCAAUCAAGAUGAUGAAGAUAAAGUGAAUGUUAGUUGCAACUUUCAGGAUGAAGACGAUGGCUCAGAGAGUGACAGCAGUGCUGACUCCUCAAACGCACCAAACUAUGACAGUGCAGUUUUCCAGAGCUCACUUAAAAYUUUCCAAAUGACUGAAAGUAAAAGGAAGAAGCUGAGAGAAUUGGAGGUAAAGGUUAUGAAGUACCAAGAUGAGCUGGAAUCUGGCAAAAGGCAGCUAAAGUCUGGGAUGGGCAUACCGCAGCAAGUGGAGCACUACAGACACAAACUGCUACAGAAGGAGUUUGUAAAAGAUGAAGAAAAGAACGAGAGAUCAAAGUCCAAAGACAGGCAGAAAGAUGACAGGCGGAAGAAAGAUAAGAGCAAAAAAAAGGAUGACAGCGACAGAAGAUGGAGCAGCGAUCCUGCAGACCGGCUUCAAAAGUCAAGAAGCAUCUCUCCAUCAAGAAUAAAGUCUCCUAAAAAGUCUAAACGCUCCAGAUCACCAUCUCCAAACCAGAAGGCUGACAAAUCCAGAUCACGGUCACCUCAUCGCUCACACAAGAAGGCUAAAAGGAGCAAACACUGACUCGAGUCUGGAUGUUGGACCUCUGCAGUCUUCUGUAGACCAACAUGUUUGUUGUCUUGGUCUCUGUCCAUGCAACAUUCAGCACUAUCCUUUGUGAAGUUUGAACACUGUAACUACCUGUGUAUAUGUAUAUAAAUUGUUAGUUUUUUUUUUUUUUUUUUUUAAAACAUGUUGCUGCAAACAAACACUAAAUAAAUUGUUGGUGAUGAUUUUGUGUGAAAGACGACGCAUAAAAAAAUUAGCUCAA